CGGCGUUUUUUACUGCAAGGGAAUGUUGACUACAUGCAUACAUUUCCCCAUUUUGUCAUGGGGUGUGUUUUCAAAACUUGACAUGAAAUAAGGACAUAUUACGGAUUUUUUUCUUGGGAAAUUUAAACCAAUCUGUCGUCAAGAUGCGACGGGAAAUACGAGAAACGAAAGUCUUAAAACUUUUACCUGCAGUGAUACUAAAAGUGUUUCAGAAUAAGCGAAAUCGAAAAAAAUCUCAUUAUUCCCUCAACCAAAGAUUAUAUCGAUGUGAUUCCAUGAUUUUCACCGUGUUCCUCUUCUCAAUGUUUUGCCUCCAAAAAAUGGGAGUGACCUGUUCUCAGGACAUUUUUCACGGCUCGACCAUCGCUCUGGAAAAGAUUAUGGUGGUCGAAAAGGAUAUUCGAACGGCCGUGGAGGAGUAUGUGGUCACUUUGGAGAGGAGGAUAGAAAUUGCCAAAAGAUAUUUGCAAGAUUCUCAAAAGUCGGACAAGAACAGUGAGAAAGUUGUGAUACAAAACGGAGACUCUUCUUCUUAUUUUUCCAGCGAAAUUACCAUAUCGCAAAAAGAAAGAGUAUUAUUUAAUCCUCUGAAAGUGUUCAAAUUAAUUCGAAAUCUUGCCAUAACGUUGCCCAGUCUUGAGAAGGAUUUACAACGGGAUGAAGAAAGACGAUUUUUACGAAAUUUAGAAAGUGUUCGAAAAGGGGUCACAUUUCCUCAACAAGCCGAUCUUAAUUCCGCCACGGAAGGAUUACUUCGUGUCCAAGAUGCCUACGACUUGGACGUAUUUUCUUUUGCCAAUGGAGACUUCGAAGGGUUAUCUACAAACUCAUCUCUCAAUGCAGCCGACUGUUUCAUAAUUGGAAGUUACUCCCUCAGCGCAAAUAUUUUCACUAGAGCCAUCGAAUGGCUCGAAAGGGCUUAUCAUCUCGUCCACAAUGAGCCUGAUACGAGCAUCUCGUCUCAAACUGUGUGGAAACAGUUGAAAGAUGCUGUUUCGAGGCACAACUCUGCCCUGAUAUCUCCUCAUCUUCCAAAAAGUCAGCACCUCUUUCGCGAUCCAGUCGAUUCUUCUCAUGGAGAUUGGAAGAAAAAGUUAGGGACACGACGACGAAAAAGGUUGGAUAACCCGACUUAUCCGCUGUACAUGACAGAACCCAGUUUUACAGACCUGACCAAUUUUGCAGCCUUGUGUCGAGGAGAACAACUACAAGCGGCAAGUUCUCAGAAAAAUCUGGUCUGUUGGUUAGACCGUCGCUCCCCACAUGCAAUCUUGCUCCCAAUUCGAGUCGAAUUACUUCACGAAAAACCACAAGUCCUGCAAAUCUACGACAUACUUCCUGCUUCGUUGUCCAGCGGGAUAAUUUCUGCCACAUCCGCGACGCUUUCCAGGUCAAGGGUGCACGGGUCGCGGAGUGAAAGUCAUAAAUUGGUCUCAGCCCAACGAACGUCCUCAUCCACAUGGAUGCAUGAUGCGAAAGUGUUGAAGAAAAUGGGAGUGAUUUACACCAGAUUACAGUCCUUGCUCGGAUUAGAUUUGAAGUCUAAGGGGGCAUGCGAACACUUUCAAGUUUCGAGUUACAAUAGUUGUGGACAUUACAAUCCACAUUUGGAUAAUAUUUUGAAGUCAAAGACUGGACAUGCCAUGGAGAAGGCUGAACUUGAUCUGGGUGACCGUUUAGCGACACUCAUGUUUUAUCUCUCUGACGUCCCUCGAGGAGGAUUUUCCGCAUUUCCGCGACUUGGCAUUGUCACAAGACCAGUUAAAGGAUCGGCUGUGUUUUGGUUUAAUGAAAAAAUUAAUGGAGACGUCGAACCCCUUUCUUUGCAUGGAGGUUGCCCCGUUCUUUAUGGAAACAAAUGGAUUGCUAAUCAGUGGAUAAGAGCAAAUUCGCAAAUGUUUGCAAGAAAGUGUUCAAAGGACAAUACAAAAGGAUCAAGUAUUUAAGAUUGGAACACGAAAUGACCAAUUCAUAAUGAAUUGUAUAAGGACAUCAAAUACAGUCACACAAAACUAUAUGAGAUCAGUUACCAAUAAAAUUUACAUGCAUAAUCACAAAAUGAAUUACGCUUAUUUUGUACAGUAAAAUAAAUGCAAGAAGUUUUGACUGAAUGCA